AUGGCGAGUGAAGCUCCUCUGUCGAGCGUGAACGUGGUGCUUGUCAUGGCAUAUGGAAGUCUGGUUUUUGUAUUGUUGUUUGUUUUGUUAAAAAGACAAAUUAUGAGGUUUGCUAUGAAGUCCAGAAGAGGUCCUCAUGCUCCCAUUGGACACAACGCACCUAAGGAGCUCAAACAACUGAUAGAAGCAAAACUGUGCCAGGUCCAAAAAAUCCACUUCCAGCCUCGUCUGCUCUCUCCAGGCGACAACAGAAUCACAUCUGCUUUCUGUGACUUUAAGUACAGAAUGAGAGCGUUAGAUGCCAUCAGAGAUACAGACCUUCCUUUCCAUGAGCUGGGCGGGGCAUCAACAGCAGUAACAGGAAAGAGGUUUCGAACGUGGCUACUUCAACUUCGAACUUCCCACUGCCUGUUUCAGAACAGCCAAAGUUCCCUCAUAGACUCAAUAUUGGAGGGUUAUAAUCAUGCCCGUCACGGCUCAGAGGCUUUUGGAGAAGCUGAAUUUCUAAAAUAUCAAGAUGCUUUGAAUGAAUUGGCUACUAUUGUAAAGUCUCACAGCAGCAGCAGUGCCUCAGUGACGCAGCACCAGGCUGCAGCCAAAGACCUGACCAGCAGCACAGAGGCCACACUCACGUCCCCCACUCAGAGCACCUCCCUCAUGGCUCAGCGCAAGAGGCCCAGAAACCUGCUGGAGCUGAAGAACUUCAAAGACAACUACAACACACUGGACAGUACUCUUUAA